AUGGUCUUCCUACCUGACCAGCGAUUCGGUUCGCUGCCACAUGUCCCAGACGACCUUCCGAUCCCCGAGUUCAUGCUGAACGAGAAGUAUGGACGAGUGCCACACGCGGAAUCGAGGGACCCCUUCACAUGCGGCCUGACAGGCAAGACGUACUCGUCGCGUGAGGUCGUGGACAUGGUUGAUCACAUUGCGCGAGCCCUCGCGAAGGAGUUUGGGUGGUCGCCCAACCAGGGUACGGAAUUCGACAAGACUCUGGCAGUCUUCAGUGUGAACACAAUUGAAUCGCUGCCCUUCUUCUGGGCUGUACACCGACUGGGAGGUGUCAUUUCACCCGCCAAUGCAGCAUACUCGGCCGCUGAGCUGAAGCACCAGAUUUUGGACUCUGGCGCAAAGGCUCUUUUCACUUGUGUUCCGCUUCUGUCGGUCGCAUUGGACGCCGCAUCUCAGGCUGGGUUGCCCAGGAGCAAGAUUUACUUGAUUGAUGUGCCUGAACCAAUUCUCGGAGGUGCAAAGGUCCCGACCGAGUUCAAGUCGGUCUGCCAGCUGGCCAAUGCCGGCCAGUCGCUUCCAGCACUGGAGCCGUUGAAGUGGGGACCUGGAGAGGGAGCUCGACGCACUGCAUUCCUAUGCUAUUCCAGUGGAACUUCUGGUCUGCCGAAAGGUGUGAUGAUCUCCCAUCGGAAUGUCAUCGCAAACUCGCUUCAGAUCACAGCAUUCGAAAAGAGCCACCGUGACGCAAGGCAACCCAAAGACGAAAAGUUUGUGAACUCCGAUGUCAGCCUCGGACUGCUCCCACAGAGUCACAUUUACGCCUUGGUUGUCAUGUGCCACGCUGGUCCCUACCGUGGAGAUCAGAUUAUUGUCCUGCCCAAGUUUGAGCUCAACUCAUACCUCGCAUCGAUCCAGAACUUCAAGAUCAAAAGUCUCUUCCUGGUUCCUCCAAUUAUCAUCAACAUGCUCCGCAGCCAGGAUGUCUGUUCGAAGUAUGAUCUCAGCUCAGUGCAGACACUUUUCUCGGGAGCUGCUCCAUUGGGUAUGGAGACUGCGGCCGACUUCCAGAAGGUCUACCCCAAUGUUCUCAUUCGCCAAGGAUACGGUCUCACCGAGACGUGUACCGUUGUCAGCUCCACAUACUUUGAUGAUAUCGUACUCGGCUCCUCUGGCUGUUUGAUCCCCGGCUUCGAGGCCCGCAUCAUGUCUCCCGAGGGCCAAGAGAUUACCGCCUACGAUACCCCUGGCGAAUUGGUGGUGCGCAGCCCCAGCGUGGUGCUAGGAUAUCUCAACAACGAUAAGGCCAACAAGGAGACGUUCGAGGACGGCUGGAUGCGCACCGGUGACGAGGCAGUCGUUCGCAAGGGACCCAAGGGCACAGAACAUAUCUUCAUCGUCGACCGCAUCAAGGAGUUGAUCAAGGUUAAGGGUCUUCAAGUAGCACCCGCCGAGCUCGAGGCACACCUCCUCGCCCACCCUGCCGUCGCAGACUGCGCCGUCAUCGCCAUCCCCGACGACGCAGCCGGAGAAGUCCCCAAGGCCAUCGUUGUCAAGUCUGCCUCCGCCGGCUCCGAUGAAGCCGCCGCCGAAGCGAUCAAGAAACACGUCCAAGAUCACAAGGCCCGGCACAAGUGGUUGAAGGGCGGUGUGCGCUUCAUUGAUGUGGUUCCUAAGAGUCCCAGUGGAAAAAUCUUGCGUCGUCUUCUGCGCGACCAGGAGAAGGAGGCUAGGAGGAAGGCUGGCGCUAAGAUCUGA